AUGGCCUCCCUAAAUCUGUCUAUCAAUGGGCCCUCCAUCAAGAGCAGCUAUCAAGGGGUCGUCAACGCUCCCCCGGCCCCGGCGGGCAGCUCUUCAACCUACGGCAACUGGGCCCUGUUCUCCGUCCAAGCUCCUCUCGCAAACGCAUUCCAGGACAAUGGCAGCAAAGAGAGUGUCCUAAAGGUCCAAACAACCGGCGAGGGUGAACUGGAUGAGCUGAUCGAGGACUUCAACGAAGGUCGAGUCCAGUUCGCCUUCCUGAAGGUCAAAGACCCGAACACCGGCCUGCCCAAGUCCGCCCUGAUCGCAUGGUGUGGUGGCGGUGUUCCUGAGCGGACGAAGGGCUACUUCACCAGUCAUCUCAACGCUGUCUCCAAGGUGCUACAUGGAUACCACGUUCAAAUUACUGCUCGUUCCGACACCGACCUCGAGCCGGCAAACAUCCUCCAAAAGAUUUCCGAUGCGUCAGGUGCUAAAUAUACAGCAGGGGGCAGUGCCCCCGUCAAGGCGGGAGGCCCCCCACCUGCGGUCAAGUCGAACCCCGUCUUCUCGGCCCCUUCGAGCUCCUCCAUUUCUUUCAACCCCAUAGUCGCAGCACGGAACGCUAGCCUGAGGCAGAAGACCAACGACGACGGAUGGGGAGAGGAUGCGCCGCCUGUUUCCCGCUCCGAGAUUCAGAAAGUCGAGUCAGCAUACAAACCCACCAAGGUUAAUAUGGACGAAUUGAGGAGUCAGAAACAAGCACCUUCAAGGUUCAAUGGCUCGAGUCAGCCGGAUGACCGGUCGAGUGGUGUUAUUGGGGGAGGAUAUCAGCCGGUUGGAAAGGUCGAUAUUGCUGCCAUUCGAGCCGCCUCGAAGGGCAAGCAAGAUGAGAGACCCGCUCCAGUCAAAGGCACAUACGAGCCCGUGGGAAAAGUCGACAUUGCUGCUAUUCGAGCCAGAGCUCAGAAGCCAGAGGAGUCCCAGCCUCCUCCGGACGAGUCCGACGCUCCACCGAAGUCUCUCGCCGAGCGUAGCGCAGCGUUUAACGCAUCUGAGCGUAUAACCGAGCUGCCAAAGCCAAAGGUCGCCAAGAAGUUUGGCGGAGCUUCUACAUUCACAGGUACCAAAGCACCCACCCCUGGUGCUCUAGGCUUUGGCGGCCCUUCUCCAGCGGCGGCACCCCCAGUUGGGUCAGCUAGCCGUACCUUUGCCGAUAAAGGUGGAAAGACUCCAGCUCAGCUCUGGGCUGAGAAAAAGGCGGCUCAAGGUGGUGCUCCCAAGGGCGCAAGUCAGCCGGUCACGUCGCCUGUAGCACCCCAGCCGAGUGGUAGUGGAUGGCAAAGCGGAUACAGCGGCAAGAGUUGGGCACCUGUCACGGCUCCUGCAUAUGGGCGCUCGCUGUCUGGGCAGAAGACUGGCGAAACCGAGACCAGUCAAGAAGCCCCUGCGUCCCCGUCAGGAGGGAUCAGUGCUAUACGUGAUCGCUUCAAGGAUGCCCCGCCGAUGGUCGCUCCCGCCCCGUCCGCACCCGCUGUUCCGACCCCAACCCAAGAACGUGAGCCAGCACCACCCGCCCUACCCAUGGGUACGCGGCCGUCAGACAGCGGCCCGUCUGGAGGCUUUGCCUUGCCAGGAAUGCCCCCUCGACCUCAACCCGCAACUGAUGAGGAGGAGGAAGAGGAUGAGGAGCCCGAGCAACCGCAAUCACCCGUUCGUGUUGCCAUGCCCGUGGCUCGAGGACUAGAGCCCGAACUCGAGCCAGCUCACGAACCACCUCGCUCGCUCCCAGUGCGACCGAUCGAGCAAGAAUUACCAAAGGAGGAAGACCUUCCUGAGGAGGAAGACGCGUAUGAUCCACGGGCAGCAGCAACUGCUGUCGCAGAGGAGCAAUUUGGACACGGAGCAGUAUCGGAGGCUCCGGCUGCUGCGAGUGCUGGAAAGCGUGCCGUUGUUCAGUACGACUACGAGAAGGCAGAGGACAACGAGAUAGAGUUACGAGAGAACGAACACGUGACGAACAUCGAGAUGGUGGACGACGACUGGUGGAUGGGUACCAACUCGCAAGGCGAGACCGGCCUUUUCCCCAGCAACUAUGUCGAACUUGUCGACGAUGAUAACGAUGGGGCUGGGGCUGGGGCUGGGGCAGCGGCACAUGCGCCUGCGCCUGCCGCCGCGGCAGUACCUCCUCCCCCGGCGCCUGCUACUGCCCAGUCGGAACCCGAACCUGCCGCCGGCGGUGGGCACACAGCCACAGCGCAAUUUGACUACGAGGCUGCUGAGGACAAUGAGUUGAGCUUCCCCGAGGGGGCUACAGUUACCGAUCUCGAGUUUCCUGAUGAGGACUGGUGGUUUGGUCACUACAAGGGUGACUCUGGUCUGUUUCCUGCCAACUAUGUACAGCUCGACCACUAG